AUGAAUUCCAUUGUGAUUGGGCUGAUAUUCUUUCCCACGUUCUUCGGUUUCUAUGACUUUGUUGCAUGUGACCCGGAAGUUAGGCUUUUACACGUGCUAUUCAGACACGGGGAUAAAGUGCCUGACAAAGAGUAUCAAAAUUAUCCAUUAGACCCGUAUGGAAACCAUUCGUAUUACCCGAUCGGGAGCGGUGGUCUGACGAAUGACGGAAAAAUGCGCGAGUACAAGAUUGGCAAAAUGCUUCGUGAUCGAUACAACGAUUUUUUCGGUCCAAAUUAUUUGCCGGAUGAGAUUUAUGCAAGAUCAACAGCCUUCCAUAGGACUCACAUGUCUCUUCAGCUGGUACUAGCAGGCCUCUUUCCCCCUACUGGCCUGCAGAUUUGGAACCCGGAUUUAGCGUGGCAGCCUGUGUCAGUGUUUUCCGAAAAAGUCAACAAAGAUUUCCUCUUGUAUCCACAAGAGUGUUCCACGUACCAGAAAGCGUACAAGAAUUUUCUGCGGUCAAAAGAUGCCAGACAGCAAAUCGAUAAGUACAACAGCAUUCUGGCCUACCUAACGAAGCACACGGGAAAGACGGUCAACACCACUUCCGAUGCUUAUUACCUGUACAAUUUGUUCAAGGAAGAGGAAUCUCAAGGUCUGACGUUGCCGAGUUGGACUUCAGAGGUCUACCCGUUUCCCAUGAUGAACGUCACCAUCCUGGACUUCCACCUCAGGUCAUACACUACACAGUUGAAGCGUUUGAACGGAGGUGUUUUGCUGAAGCAGAUCACCGACGACAUGCAAAACUUUAGGAGCGGUCGUCUCGAGCCUCGAGAAAGGAAAGCGUUCUUUUUCAGCGCACACGAAAAAAACGUGGUUGCCAUGGCGCGUGCCCUCGGCACAAACGUUCCUCAACUGCCCGCGUACGGAUCGACGAUCAUCUUCGAAACCCUUCAAGAUCGUGACAAAAAUGACAAAUACUUUGUCCGGGUUCUCCACUAUACGGGAGUUACCGAAAAAUUAAUUACGCAGACCAUUCCUGGCUGUUCCGAGGUCUGCCCUCUCGAUGAAUUCCUCAAACUUUUGCGGGAAGUAAUUCCAGACCAGACCGAGUACUGCCAUAGCAGCAGCAUUCGGACAUCCGGUUCAGGCUCAUUCCCGAAUACUAUAUGGCUCCUUGCUGUUCCGGCGAUAAUUAUCAGCCAGCGUUUCGACUAAGCUUGCGGUUAAACGUUCUCUGACCUAGUUAACGCGUAGUAAUUUUCGGUAUAAUCAUGUGCUUAGUCAUGUACGUCAAUUUUAUUUUCUUUGUGUCAUGAAUUAUUGACUCAUAAGUCUUUCAGGUAUAACAUACUUUCCCAUUUCUGACUGAUAUGAGAGAAGGGAAAAGUCAAAAGUAAUCUAGCAGGCAUAUAAAAAAUCCAGACAAGCCUUCGUUCCUCUCGUUGAUCGAGGUUCAACCAUUUAAUUAAGAUCUCAACGACCCCUGAGAUAAUCCGUCUGCAUCCUGACCGCAGAAUGACGAUUAUUCGCGCUACUGUCUUCAUCUGCCGGUAUGAUUAGAUCGAAUUGCACUUGUUGAAGCAUAUUUUUUUUUCAUCGAUCAGUGUAGAAUACCUACUUCUCAUCUGUAAAGUAGUUGGCAGUAGCAUCCUGAGGCAUUAUAUAUUCUUCGAGUUCCCUC